AGGGUUUUAAUUACUGGAAAUAAUAUGCUCAAGGAUUUAUGAAAAUUAAUUUAAAAAUCAGUAAACCCUGGCAUCAAAGGACCCCUCAGCUAAUUGGAAUCUUUGCAACUAAAAUAUGGAUAAUUCCUGGCAUAAUAUCUGCAUUUUAUGGCCCCACGGAAAAGAGGGUUGGAAAAGCACUUUCCAGAUACUCGAGAAUCGCCAUUGAAUUAAGCAAAACGAUGAUGAAAUGGCAAUGCGGCAAAAUGGGUAGAAAUUGGAGAUGGCAUUGCUGGAAGAUGAACUCUGAAAUGAUGAAGCUAUUGGUUGAAGAAUCCAUCAGAAGGAGGAACCUUCUUUGGGCUAUGAAAGGGCUAACGUUUUCCACUAAUCACAGGACUUUUAAAGGAAAUUGAGCUGCAGAAAAGGUA